AGCGUGCCUUGCGCUCCUGGCAAUAUGGCGGCGCCCAUGAUGCUCGCCCUGCGCGGUGUCCCCUGCCUGUGCCGCCCGGUUUCCCGCCGCCUUUCCCACUCCGCUGCUUUCCUGGAAGCCGCCGCCCGGCGGGGGUUGUUCAAGGACGUGUUCCCGGCAGAGAGCGGCCCCACACGGCUGUACGAGCUGCUGGGCUCCGGCCCCCAGACGGCCUACUGCGGCUUUGACCCUACGGCGGACUCGCUGCACGUCGGGAACCUGCUGGCCGUACUGGGGCUCAUUCACUUCCACCGGGCCGGGCACAAUGUCAUCGCGGUUAUCGGGGGAGCGACGGGCCGCCUGGGGGAUCCGAGCGGGCGGGGGCGGGAGAGGGAAGCGCUGAGGCCGGAGGCGCUGGCGGGGAAUAUCCGGGGGAUCCGGGGCUGCCUGGAGCGGCUGUUCGGUAACUGUGAGGCGCUGGUUCCGGGGGGGCGGCCCGGCGGGACCGUCACUAUCCUGGAUAACGAGCAGUGGUACCGGCACCGGGGGGCGGCCGACUUCCUGGCUUCGGUGGGGAGGCAUUUCCGGAUGGGCCCCAUGCUGAGCCGGCACAGCGCCCAGAGCCGCCUGGGGAGCCCGGAGGGAAUGAGUCUCAGCGAGUUUCUCUAUCCGCUCUUCCAGGCCUACGAUUUCUACUAUCUGCACCGGAACCGGAACUGCACCAUCCAACUGGGCGGAACCGACCAACUGGGCAACAUCAUGUCUGGGCACGACUUCAUCCAAAGAGUCACCGGAGAGGAGGUGUUUGGGGUCACCGUGCCCCUCGUUACCAACACCGCGGGGGACAAGCUGGGCAAGUCGGCGGGCAAUGCCAUCUGGCUGAACAGGGACAGGACGUCGCCCUUUGAGCUUUACCAGUUCUUUGUGCGGCAGCCGGACAGCGCGGUGGGAAGGUUCCUGAAGCUCUUCACCUUCAUUCCUCUGCCCGAGAUCGAGCGCAUCAUGGAGCAGCACCAAGCGGAACCCGAGAGGCGCCUCCCCCAGAAACGGCUCGCCGCCGAGGUCACCAAGAUUGUCCAUGGCAACGGCGGCCUGGAGUCGGCUAAACGAUGUACCCAGGCUCUGUACCAGAGCAGUGUGGAGGCGCUGGAUAAGAUGUCGGACCGGGAGCUGCAGGAACUCUUUAGGGAGGCGCCAUUUACGGAAGUCCUGCUGGAACCCGGCACCAGGGUUAUGGAUCUUUGCCUGAAGGUUUCUGCCGUUCCAGAGGGCGCCCGGGGGUAUGAGAUGAUCAGCAGCGGGGGGCUCAGCAUCAACCACAGGAAAGUGACCAACCCGGACGAGGUUCUGGUACCGGGACAGCACAUCCUCCAGAAUGGGCUCUCGCUGCUCCGAGUGGGGAAAAAGAACUUCUACGUUGUCAAGUGGCUUCACCUGUGAUUGUGUCUGUCUGUAUCUUAUUCUCCCUGCGUAAUAAAGUGUAAAUAUGGCA